CAGUACAGUCCCCAUCCAAGGCUCCUCCUCUCUGCGUCAGCCAGGAGACCUGUGAAGAAUCCAUCCAUCCACCCGUCCAAUUCACGGCGCCGCAGCCAACAGCACCGGGAUGCUCUGGGUGGCGGAUCUCCAUUCACUACGCCGCCAUCCCACUAGACUAGACCAGACCAGACCAGACCUCUAGACCUAUAGACUCGCCGUCAUGCGCUCCCACGCCGUCUUCCCUCCACUCCUCACUCACCUGGAGGCUGAGAGAGACGCACAUCAGCUGUUGCCGGGCGCGAGGAUUGUUCCGCUGCUCUUUGGAUCUUUCCUGUUCGGCUCCGAGGAGUGCGCCUCUGCUGCUGCUGCUUGUUGUUGUUUCUCUGCGGGGACCCCCAACGGUGCUUCUUACAAACAGACGUCAAUUUCUCCUCACAGUACUUCGCACUUCCCCACAGGACCUCCCCAUUUGCCUCUUCCUUCGUUAAUCUGACAGUUCCUUCUGUCUCCCCUCCUGUUCCUUCGCCCCCAACUCUUUCCCCGGAAAUGCCACGAUGGUUCCGCCGGGAACUAAUCGCCGGGCGAUCCCAAUCUGGACUUUGAGUUGAGCAAUUCCACCGCCAGCAUAUUUCUGGGGGGCGUGCGACGAUCGUGGAUGUUGGAUGCAGCCGCGCCCAUCCCUUCGUCGCUCUCCGCCCACUCCCCCGCCACGGCAAACCCUUUCAGUAACCCUCCCCCCCAUCCUGCUGCUGGGAGGGGAAAGGGGAGAGGAGACGGGGUGUGUGGUGGGAGUGAUG